AUGAAUGGAUGGCUAAAAUACUUUGGCGACUUUGGAGCUGUUCUUGGGGUAAGAAUUCUGUUUACUAUAAUCUAGACAAAAUAUUUACUAAAUGCCACAGAACAUAUUAAUUUUCAUAUACUUUUUAUUAUAAAGUCGUAAAAAAUUUGCAUUUUAUAUUUUAAAACAGCUAUAUAAAACUUUUUUUCGACUUAAAAUACGGUAGGAGUACUGUAAAAUUUUAGUUUUUGAAACCAUUUUGACAAGAAAAAAAAAUGUUAGGCAUAAUUAUUUGAACACCCUCAUUCAAUUAUUUUUAUUUAAAACUUCAGGUAAUUCUAAUCAUAAACACGGCUGGUUACUGUUUAUCGACCCAAGUCUGUUGUCUCUUCUACCGUUUUGCUGUCUUACAAAACUCGCAGUGGUGGAUGGACCUAGUCUUAUCAACUAAAUCAUGGGUAAACGCCUACCUAAUAUCUCUCUCCGUUAGCAUCUUAUCAUUUGUAAUUUUUGCUCCACUACAACCUCCACAAGUAAUGGUAAAAGAAUAUGUUCGACAGGAUGCAAUAAAGUUUAACUAUCCACAACCACUGCCUAAUAUGGACAAUGACAUUUUUCUGUAUAUUGACUAUAGAAGUGACUAUGUUGUUGCUGCUGCGAUUUUCGUUGGAGUUGGAUUUUUCCUGGCUGAAACUGUAUCAAUCGGGUGUGUGUUAGUUUUACUGAAGUUGUUGGACAAGAAGAAGGAAUGUUUUACGAGAAUGACGUAUAAACUGCAUCGACAACUUACUAUUGCACUGGGCGUUCAGGUAACGAUUUUUAUUGAAAAUUUUGUUUUCUGAGCCACAUAUUACUAGGGAAGUGCACCAAAUGAAAAGCAAACUUUGCAGCUGCUAACACCGUUUCUGUUUAUUAUCCUACCGGUAUCAUACGGCACGAUUGAUAUCAUACGCGGUAAUAUGUGGAAUGAAAAAGCCAGAUUACUUGUAAACUGGAUAGAACUUUAUGGAUUUUUAAAUUCUCUGGUUACAUUAUACUUUGUCAAACCGUACCGAACAUUUUUGGUCUCUAAAUUCUGCGAAUUUCUUCGAUUUACGACUUGUAACAAAUUGGGAAAACGCCGUGAUACUAUAGUUUUGAUGCCUGAAACUACAAUAUCAUCUAAUUACAGGUCUUCUAUAUAAAAGCAUAACUUUAGAUGCAAAUAAAAGAAAAUGUACUUAAAUUGGAAAAACUAUUUUGUGCUGGUCAAAAACAAAAAAGUCUUUCAUUUGUCUUUUUAUUAACGCCUACUGCUAUGUCUUGUAUACUCAUAUCGUAGUUUGUGAGCGGUUUUGGCUCAGGUUGUGAAGCGACUAGUAAACCACAAGACUCAGUAUUGACCUACCGGUCUGCUCGGCCUAGACAAUGGUGGGAUUGUUAGCACAUCCUAUUCAUUUGUUUCAUUUACAAAUAAAAAGUUAUGUGCUAGUUUCACGUGGACCGUGGCAAAUUGGCUGCUUGUCCUACACAGGUUUUCGAAUACAGCCUGAAGUUUUGAGGAGUACCUCAUCAGUGGCUUGAAUUCUUGAGGAGCCCUUCAACGCACUCGGUAGCUUGAGGAACAAGAUCACUUGGAUGGGGCCCAAUUUGGAACAGCUACGAUGGAUUUCUGUGACGAUUUAACGAAACUCCUCGAUAUCUGUCAACACGUCUCAAAUUAUUAUACAUAUGUAUUGUGUUAAAAAAGGAAUAAAAAUUUUCUAAAAUUUUUUGUACCCUACUUGGUACUGUCUUCUACCUGUAACCUUUGGACUGUUCAUCGUAUCUCUAAUUCCUCUUACAAACUCGUAAACUAUGACUAACAAUAUAAUAUGUAUGCCUACGGCAGCAUAAAGUAAUGGUUUACACAAACUUUCAAAAUAUUGUACACCAACGAAGCGUGUAUCAUACAGGUGAUUUUGGGAAUUAAAUAAUUGCAGUCAAAUUUUUGGUAUAGUUCAUAAAUUUGUAUGUUUCUGGACGUGUUAUUUUUCUUAACUUCGAUUGGGUCUGUCAUAUUGUCGUCGGUUGUCAUCUAUGUUGUGGUUUACCAUUCACCGCAGUCUAUGCGUGGCUACCGAAUGUACAUUAUUCAGUUUACAGUAAGUAUGGCAUUUUAGAAUAUUCAGUCUUCAGCUUAUGAGUAUUUUUAAAACCUGGCAAGCAUAUUUUACUAUUAAUAUGAUUUUAGUCGUUUGUUCGAUUCGAUUUUCCUUUGAUGAAUAUAUUUUUAGUGUUACGAUCUAGCAUUUUCAUUUAUACUAGGCAUACUGGUCAACCCGGAUCCCUUGUUUCCUUUACCAUCGGCCGUCAUACAAGGAUGGUUUAGGUAUCUUGGAAAUUUUGGAGCUGUUUUGAGCGUAAGUAAUAGUUGUUGAUGUUUUUUGCGUACGUAAAUACAAUUAUAUUCUUCGCUUUUUUAUAAAACGAUUGUUAAAUAAAAAAUUAAGCUAAAGUUCAAAAAUUUCAUAUUUAGCUAAUUCUCACAGUUAACGCGCUUAGCUACUGUUUAUCAACUCAAGUCAGCUGUUUGAUGUACCGAUUCGCUGCGAUACAAAAUACUGAUUUUUGGCUGAACUUUGUUUCCUCCAAAAGCUCGUGGAUCAAUUCGUACAUCGUAUCUCUAUCAAUUAGUGUCUUGACAUAUUUUAUAUUUGCACCAUUGCAACCACCACAAGAUGUUGUUCAUUCAAACCUUUUACAAAAUUCAGCUUUGCUAAGCAGUCCAUUGCCGGACUUGCAGAACAAUUUGUUUUUGUACCUUGACUUUAGUACCAAAAAUGCUGUUCUAAGCGGAGGUUUUCUGAUUUUGGGAUUCAUUUUGACUGAAUUGUUUUCUGGAAGUUGUGUUAUAUUGGUACUGGUAAUGCUGGAAAGGAAGAAAGACAAGUUUUCACGAACUACUUUCAAACUUCAUCGACAGCUGACCGUCGCUUUGGCGGUGCAGGUAAGAAAAAGAGUUAUAUCGACCACAAACAUCAUGCAUGACUUUCAAUAGCCAUACAUGAUGUUUAUUGUCAAGAUGUCUGAGCUGAGAAAUCAUGGCUCUUACACCGAUUGUCAAAGCGUUAAAACCCAAAUGUGGACUAAAAUAUUACUAAAACAAUAUUAAUAAGACUAAGACUGUAUGACAAUAGAUGACUAAAUUGCAGCUCUUAACCCCGUUACUAUUCAUUAUACUACCAGGGCUAGGACUGGCGGCUGUGUUUAAGUACGGUUUAUCAAGCAACACUGGCAAAUUUUUAAUCAACUUUAUAGAGUUUUAUGGUUUUGCAAAUUCAUUAGUGACACUUUACUUCAUACGACCCUACCGAGCUCUUGUAAUAGCCCGGUUUCGACAGUUUAUGAACUUCAUUACGCGUGGAUGGGCGACAAAAGCUCAGAACGAUGUUGUGUUUGUUCAUGACAGUACGGCUGCAAAUUCCACUUUGUUUUAAACAUCAAAGUUUGUUUUCGAAGUUUUCUUGCUUGCCAUACGAAGGGCUUUGACUAGUAGGCAGUAUGAGUGAAUUUGAGAAUUUGUUCCGCUUUACAGGGAACAGUUCGAAAACUACUGCGGCUGUUGGUUAAGAAGAUUGGCUGA